CUUCAGGAAUUCGAGAUUACUUUAACUAAUAACAAAGUGGUCUACAACCCCGGGGAGUCCAUAUCAGGAACUGUGAGAAUUAAAACAAGCCACUCCUUACAGUUUAAAGGUCAUCAGAGUGAGGAAGAUGUCUAUUUCUGGGUUUUAGAUAAGACAGAUUUCUCCACAAUGUCUAGCUGAAUGAGGGAUGCAGCUGUAGCAUUUGAAACGGAGCUAAGGAUGGGACAAAUUUACUCUCUUUUAUGUUUGUGACUAAUGAUGCUCUCGACUCUUUUAAUGACUGUUUUUAAGUGUACGCUUUCAGCUCGUUCUCAAGCAGUAAUGAGUAAUGUAGGACAUGCAGUACAUCUGGCCUCGCUGAAUUUAUCUGGUGAAAUUUUAGAGCACUCACAUUGUCUUAAUACUCUCAAAGGGAAGCAACGAACCUUUCUGUUCCAUAACGAGAAUAUUUCAUGACACUGAUCACAUGCGAGAACAAAGGCCUUCCAGUCUCUCAAAGUUCCGUUUUCUGUAUUAGUUCCUACUGUUUUUGCAUUCCUACUUCCAAUUUUACAUUCAAUCUUCAGAAACCUUGUUCAUUUAAAGGGACAGUUCACACUAAAAUGAAAAACCUGUAUGACUUUCUUUCUUCUGUUUCAGUUGUUUUUGUCCAUAUGAUGAAAUUCAAUAAAACGACAUUGGAACUCACUGACUUUGAUUGAAUGGAAGAAGCAAAAAACAUACACAAAAUAUCUUCUUUUGUGUUGCACACAAGAAAGGAAGUCAUAACUAUCCCUUAAUGUAUAUUAUGUCUCAGUAGUGCUCAAAGACAAAGAUGAAAAUGGUUUCCGCAUGCUUUUACAGUACUACCUCUUGGAAAUUUUAUGUUUGACCUUAAUGACCUUUCUUUGUUCUCUUCUGUUUGUCUGAAUAGCCCCAACUCGAUGACUGUGAGAGGCCACACUUCUCACAUUAUUCCAUGCCUUGCGUGGAGGCUUGAAUAUCACACAUUCCUCACAAAUGGUUCCAAAUCUCCAGCUCUUCAAAUAUUCUUAAACUGUCCAAUCAUGGCUCUGGUUUAGUUGGUAACCAAAAGCCUUUGUGCCAUUAAAGUCAACUGUGUGGGGUCGUGUGGCAUCUCGUCCAAGCUGAAUGAUGCAUCAUGGAUGCUUGAGGAGAAGUACUUGAGCAGCACACUGUCUAUAGCUGAUAAAGGUAAUCUGUCAGCUGGCGAGCACAGUUUUCCCUUUCAGUUCGUCAUUCCAGCAUCCGUGCCAACCUCAUUUGAAGGCCCAUUUGGGAAGGUUUUGUACAAAAUUAGGGCUUUUAUUGACACGCCACGUUUCUCAAAGGACUACAAGACCCAGCGACCCUUUUACCUUCUCAAUGUGCUCAACCUCAAUGAGUUGCCAGAUAUAGAGCAACCCAGCUGUGCUUUGACAACAAAAAAGUUUAACUACCUCCUGGUAAAAUCAGGCACGCUCAUGCUGAAGGCCUGCAGUGAUCUAAGAGGAUACACUCCUGGACAGGUUAUCAAACUAUCCACCGAGAUCCAUAACAAGUCUGGUAAAGACACCGGCUAUGUGAUGGCUAGCCUUAUUCAGAGAGUGGCGUAUAAAACAAAGCGGCCAGUGUUUGAUCUGCGGCCCAUAGCAGAGGUGGAGGGUGCCGGGGUGAAGGCUGGCAAACAUGCAGAGUGGAAAGAACAGAUCAUCGUCCCUCCUCUUCCUCAGUCAGGCCUCACUGGCUGCAGCCUCAUAGAUAUUGAGUAUUUUAUCCAGGUUUCACUAAAAUCUCCAGAGGCUGUGGUCACGUUACCCAUCUAUAUUGGGAACAUUGCUGUAAACUUGACUCCCUCCAUUCCUCGCCCCAUCGCUCAAGGUGCACCAAUGCCUGCCAUGCCAAGCCUCAGCCCUGCACCCGUAGUCCCCAGCGCACCUCCUGUGGAGGACGACCUGGAGGGUGCGGUGGGUGCAGGAGGAGUAGACAGCGAGGAGAUCCCCACCAAGAGUCAUUCUCAGCAGGACCCGUCCGGUGUUCCUCUCUCCAUGUCUCCCAGUGCGUUCGGUCAAGCGUCUGGUCCAGUCGCACCGCAGCCCGCCCAGUCCUCCAGCGGCUCUGCUCCUCUCUUCUGUUUGUCCACAGGGGCAACUAUACCUUUCUUCACAGAUGGAAAUACAACUCCUGUGCCCACUUCCUGUCCCCUCAUCCUGCCCCCUGAAUACAGCACCUGGGAAUACCCACAUGAGCCGCCUCCCACUUAUGAGGAAAGCUGCAGUAGCAACAACUCCAGCUUCAACAGUAGCAUGAGGUAGACUACUUCAUGCCAUUCAUCUGGUGCCCCCUGCUGGACGGUACAGACAUUGCUGCCACGCCAUAAACAAAAAACAUCCCCUCAGAUUACCAUUUCAACAUUGGAGAAAACCACCCUGAAACUGUACAGGGAGAAUGUUUCAGUGCCUAAGAAAAUGUAGCACUCUUGAGCAACCCCAAGAUAAGACAAACACAGAGUUCUUGUGAAACGAAUACCAGCAUCUCUAACAUUUUGAAGUGAAAGUUACACUGAGGAUACAUUUUCAUUCAACCAAGGCUGGCCUUAAAUAAAGCUCAUCACAAAACAUGCUCCGUAAAAUCUGAAUUUAAGCAGAAAUAUAUUUCAGUUCGAUUUAAAGUCUUGUUGGAAAUAAAUACUCCUUUCCUUGUGAUGAUCAUUGUGAAUCAUAAUGCAUAGUGCUUAUGCCAGCAGGAAUGGCUCUUGACGAAGAUUCUGGGCCACAGAGAAAGAGCCUCUGGAAAGAACAAGUUUUAUUUAUUGAUGAAGAUUAAUGUUGGAAGUUUUCAUUUGAUUAUGUGGAUAUGUAGUCGACCGUCUUUGGGCACAUACGUCGUCAUCACUUGGCCAAAUGGUAGCCGGUGUUCCCUGAAUGCUUAAGGGAACAACAUAUUUUAUACCAUUUUUAAAAGAAAAUGACAUUCAUUUUGUUUCACAGGCUGUCAAGAGAUUUUAGGAUGACACUUUGGACUCCUGACUCUGUAUUUUUGUUACCUUAUUUUACACAAAACAAAGCAAAAUAAUCCAAUUUUUCUUUUCUGGGGUUCAUCUUUUCACCCUAGAAUUAUUCUUUCAAAGUAUUUCAUAGAACUGUCAUUCAGACUGUGAAUUUGUUUUUGUUUUUUUCAGACUGUAAAUAAUAUCAGUGCUGGCGAUACGUUAGAUGUCAGAAAUCUCUGAUAUGCAUCUGAUACAAACUGUACGUGUCUUUAUAUGUGACAUGUUUGGAUUUAUACAUCGAUAUUUCUCAUCUUAGCCCACAGCGAUUGGAGAUUUCAGAUGGAUUUCCGGUGAGGCCUUAGGCUGUACUUGGAUUGGUGUGUACAGUCCUUUAAUAUGGCAAACCCUUUUCCCAAAACACCUGUUCAGACCUUUGAACUGCUGAAGAAAUUGAAAAAUUGAAGCACAAAAGGCACUUUUAUAUGUUUGUGUGUGUGUGUUUCUGUGUUUGAGAAUGUUUUCUCAAUUUCUUCUCCAAAAUCCAAAAUCAAAGUUUAAAAUUUGAUUCAGAACAGACCACCUAUAUUAUGCUCUCUAUGAUUUUGCAUGAAGCAAAUUAGAAGACAUGUUUUCAGUACUAAAUUAUGUGAUGUUCUUUAUCUAAGUGUUUGUUUAAAAUGUAUAGAGCAGUAUGAACCAUUUACAGUGCUGACAGAAAAAUCAUUUAGGUCAUUCAACAAAAAGGGUGUAAAACAGUGAAUAGCUGAUGUGCUAAUAUGCAUAUUUCUUAAAAAGUAAUCCAGUAGCUUUAUUUUAGUUUAUUUUCAUUGAUUUUCUAACCUGUGUACAUUUUGAUGAAAAUAUAUAUAUAAAAAGCUAGCAAUUAUUAUAGUAGCAUGAAAUGGAUCAAUGCAAUUUAUUACUAGUUAAACUUUGUUUAGCAGACAUAAUACAAAAAAAACUUACUUUUGAAUCAUCUUAUUAGACUGCAGAAGGUGCUGAUUUAUUAGAAUGACCCAUUCACACUCAUUUCAAGGGAUUUGGACUUUGCUGAUUGUAUCCCAGCAGGCCACUGUGACUUCUGACAGUGCAGCUAUAAGAUUAAAUUGAGAUUGUGUUUCUUCACUGUGAGCAGCACUGUUGAACUCUCAGCCAUUGCACAAAUGUUAAGAACAUUUAAAUGCAAAAAAAAAAAGAACAUUCAAAUUCACAUUUGCAUCGUUCAUCAUCAGCAUCCAGUAAAGAAACCCCCGACUUGAAUGCCUGUUCUGUAUUUUAAACCACAUUUUGCCUUAAAUGAGAUAUUGAUGCAUCCCUGGUCCCACUGUAACUGUAUAGAAAACAAAUACUUUGAAAUAACAUUGCAUUGCUAUUACUGUUCUAUAUUUGCCUCUCAAGCCUCUUUGACUUUCUGUUUGCAGCAGAAAAAGUCAAAAGGGAUACUAGAUAGUUAUUUUAGCACUGAAGGUAAAAAACUAUUAUAAAUGUGCAAGUCCUCUGGAAAUGCUAACAUUGCAGUAUGGACAAACACUUAUUCCUUGUUUAUUUACAUGUGCUAUGUUCUGUCUUUUCUUUUUCACCAAAGUUUCAAUAGCUUUAUCAAGUUUCAUUUCAUCGUUGUGUGGUACUUUUCCUUCCCUGGAUUUACCAGCAGGUUUUGAAAUAAAGUAGCACCAUUGUGGAUCAGUGUUCUAUGUAAAGAUGUGAGAGAAUGAAACUUGUACAGCAAAUAAAGUCAUUCAAUUCUCAA